UUUAUCGGUGAUGAUUUAGAAAUAGAUUGAAUUAGGCUGCAGGCUUCGAGACUUGUAUAGUCGGUGACGAUGUCUCGUCAUGCAGAAUACCUCAAGUUGAUAGCGGAAUAUAUAAAUAAGACAAAAAAAUUCGAGCGUAACCUGAAAAUGCUGAACUAUCUUUCUUUGGACAACGGACAAGCCAAAGUCGAGUUUACUGUCAGUCAAGAUCACAUCAACACUGACGGACACUUACAUCCAGGGCUGACGACAACGAUAAUCGACGUUUUGUCCAGCCACGCACUGUUGGUGCAUGGAGAUGGAUUUUCUGGGGUGUCGACGAACAUUCACGUCUCACAUUUUCAACGUGCUUCCGUCGGCGAUUUGAUACUCGUUAACGCUAAGAUGUCCAAGCUUGUGGAACCAUUGGCAUUCGUUGAAGUAGAAUUAUCGAGAAAAAAUGGAGUGGCUGAGGACCUCGUUGCGCGUGGUGAACAUACUUUGUUCGUAAGGCCUGGACUUCAUUACGCCAGAAGUUGAUAAUAAUAACAAUUUAUUGAGAUACAAGUACGUCAGAUGUUGAUUAUCGAACAGAAUUUAUAAGUAUUUUGAUUGCGGUUUUUGCUUUAUCAUUAUACACACUUACC